UUUCUACUCUAUGAGGAAAUGGGAGUUGCUUUAGGAUGCACUUCCUCUGAAUUAGUGGCGCAACAUUUCCAGUAAAAGCUUUUCACAGCAGGAAGACUGUGAGCCUCUGGCAUUACACAGUAAGCAAAUGAGUCAUAACUGAGUUGGAUUGUUGUUUUUUCGAAGGAGAAGUGGAAUGAAUCGCUUCAGCAUGGAGUUAAAGAGGCGUGACAGGAUGUCUUUUGUCCUGCUUAUUUUGUGGACUAUUCCUACUAUAACAGCUCUCUCUGGCCUAAAUCUUGACUGUACCAACGACUAUGAUGAAUCGAUGUUUUGCCACUUUGAAGCGCAAAACUGCAAUGAAUACAAUUUGACUCUCCGGAGCAACGAAGGUUAUGGGGAGCCGCGUUGCAUUAUCAAACAGUGUGACGAUGGACAGUGUUGCUGCUCUUUCGAUGAAAUGAUACUUGUUCUUGGGGAGAGUCAUACAGCAAUAGUUUGGAAAGGAGGCGAUAGCAUGGAGUCCAAAAACAUCGACAUCACAUCCAGCAUAAAGCCCAAAACCCCAACAAUCAUCUCAGUGAACGAAUCCAAUGGGAAUUAUGAAGUCAAGUGGAGGACAAACUACUACAACAAAAAACCGUUUUUCAGUGAUAGUUUGAUGGCUAAAGUGACUUACCAUAUAAAAGGAGACACUCAAGAGGAAUCUAAAUUGAUCAAGCCGACUACACAUGACGGACUGAAUAACUAUGAAAUAUCUGGUCGAGACUUGAAAUCAAGUACAACAUAUGUGGUCAGCGUCAAAAGCUACACAGACAUUAGUGACAAGUUCAGUGACCGUAGUGAAGAGAUGGAAUUCACAACCCCUAUAAACCCUGCUGUCCUGGCCUUGGUUAUCAUCAUCAGCCUCAGUGUUGCUGCAGUCAUCAUCACCGCUGCUAUAUACGUCUGUUAUGUAAAGCUCAAAACAAAGUGGUGGGACACAGUUGCCAAAUGUCCAAAUCCCAAACUUCUGAUUAUGCAUCCAAGCAAACCGGAGCUCUUGAAGACUGUGCAACCCAUCAUCUCCUCUGUCUGUGUUGAGCCCUUUGUUCCAGAUGACAGCAAACCAUGGUCAAAGGGGUCACUGAGCAAUAGCAGUGGGUGCUUUGAGCAAAGCAGUGGAUUCAGUACCGGCUCUUCUUGUCUCAGUUAUGCUAAUACAGAACCUGCUGACAUUAUAGCCGGUGUUCAGGAUGCCCUUGGUAAAGCCUUCGCCAAUAUCAGCCCGGUAUCACCUUUGACCACCAAUCCACUAGCAGAAUUAAACAAAGGCGGCGGUUUGCUCUCCUCUCCCUACAACCCCUGUGGUGUCAGAGCUGAUGAAUGGAGUUCUGGAUCAUCUGGCUUCGACAAUAAAUCCUACUCCAUCCUCAUUCCCAGCUGCCCACAUCAGAUUGUGACGGACAGCUCUGAGGUCCAGACGCAGGCUGAAAUGCGUUGUGACUCUGCAUACCAUCCUAUUGCGGGCGACGUUGAGCCCUCUGUUGACCAACAGGCACCAGCUUGUCCGCUUGUUGAUUUUCCACCAGUGGUUUUAUCUGUUAUGCCAACAGACAUGUCAUAUCAGCAGAGCAAUGCAGAUUCUGGGGGAUUUCCAAAUGCAGAAGACUCCAGUUUGUCCUCCGUCUCUAGUGGCACCAACACAGUUGCGCCAUGCGAUCCUGUGACCAGAGUUGAGGCCGGGCGUGAGAGCUCUGAUGAGGCGGUGCAAGGCGCGACAAAGCCACAUGGGAAAACUGAAGGGGCUGAUGAAAACCCCUGCUACGGCUCUGUGCCCGCAGGCUCACGCAGCCUUCCUCCAGUGGAUGACGACUACCAGCCAUUUCACAACCUGGUGGAGCAGCCUGAUGUUUUGUUUUCAGAGGAGAGAAGUGAUGAGGAAGAGGAACAUUUGAACAAAUAUCCAGGGGAAUCGUUCAACAAGAUGCCUCAGAGCUUCUUAAGCCCAGAUUUCAUUAACAAUGUCCAGGGUGACCGGUAUCUCUCUGAGCUCCAAAGACCUUUUCUCCCCUUGAUCCCUGCUGACCAGUCAAAGCCAUUAUUCACAGACAGCGGCUAUCAGUGUGUGUAGCGCAGAAAUUUUAUGCAUUCAUUUUUUGUGCUUCUUUAAAUUAUUGUGAAACAUUGUUGAGAAAUUCAGAAGAAGAGGGAGAGGAGGAUGUAACAGACUGUGUCUGGUGAAGGAGGGGUAAACCCUGGACAGGUCGCCAGACUGUCACAGGGCUGACACAUAGAGACAGACAACCAUUCACGCUCACAUUCAUACCUAUGGGCAAUUUAGAGUCAACAAUUAACCUGCAUGUCUUUGGACCGUGGGAGGAAACCGGAGAACCCGGAGAAAACCCAAGCUAAUGUAGAUGUUCAAAUCUGUAACAUGACUCAAGUUCAAAAGUUAAUUGAACUUGGAAACAGCAGCAAAACAAUCUCACCUCUCAAGAUCCAUUUAGCUUGUGCUGUGUUCAAAACGUCAAGUCACAUUUUGAGCACAGAUAACUUCUGUUAUGAUUUGACGCUAUGUAAAAAUAAAUUGAAUUGAAUUUAAUUUAAUUUGCACUGU